UAGGUAUAUGGAAUCUAUCUAUCUAUCUAUCCAUCCAUCAAAUCCAAUCCGAGUCCCGAGUCCCGAUAUUGACUUACUUUUUCAACAUAGCCUCGAACCUAUCACCAAAGAAGCCAUCUAUCUAGCACUUACGAGUUACGACCCAGGUUCCAGGUACCUGAGCUGAUAUGUCUCUUAGCUAUUGAUUUCCUCUCUAGCUAGCACCGUUCCUCUUCCUUUCUUCACCUUUCUUUUGCUUUUUCCCAUCGUCUACUCGUACCGGAAGAUUUAAAAAGAUCCAACCAUCUACCAUAAUUGUCUCAUCGUCUCCAUAUCACCGUCUCUCCUUCUCUCUUUUUCUCCUUCUUUUUCCUUAUUCAUCCUCUUCUCUUUAUACAAUACUCUCUCCUCAAUAUCGUACAUCAGACAUUAAAGACAAUUAAUUCCUGACGGAUCAUCUUGCUUACCCCGCAAAAAAAAAAAGUACCCAACCAUCAUACUCUCAGCCCCCCCCCCCGGUCCCCCGUCGCCGCGUAUCCUCUUUGCCACGAUAAGGAUUUCAAUCAAAUUAUAAGAAAAACUCCCUCAAGCUCUCUUCCUUGCAAUACUGGUGUACCUGCUGUACCAACCUAAAACCAGCUGAAUCUUACCAACGAAAUCAUGGCUGUGCUCGUGCAGAUGAUUGCCAAGAGGCAAAGCAAUGACUUUGAUGAUGAUGAUAUUGUCAAUAACUGCGAUGGCUAUGGAAACUGUUAUUCUACAUGGGGCAGUUGGGGACGAUGGGUUGUGCUAGUUCUUAUAAUUCUUGCCUUUGUUCUUCUGGCUUUCGGUUUAUCAUGCAUCAACUCCCGUCGUCGUCGUCGUCAAGGAAUUCAGCCAAUGUAUGGUACAGGCUGGAUGGCCAAGCCACCUCCAUACGGUCAUUACAACAACCAACCCGGAGCUUACAACUAUGGUCCCCCUCCCCCAAUGUAUACUCCAAAUGGACAAAUCCCACCUCAACAAACGGGCAACACUUUUAAUAGCAAUGAUGGAUAUUACGGUCAUCAUGGUCAUCAUGGCCAACCAGAUAUCGAAUUGCAACAACCACCCACUGCCUACACGAGAGGCGGAGAUGAUGUUUACCAAGCACCAAUGGGUCCACCACCUACGAAACACACCGAGGGAGAUGGAGUCAUUCGAUAAAUGCUGAUGAGAUGAAAAUUAGACGUUGGUUGUUUGAAGAAGUCCGAGUUAGGAGGCACUUCGCUUGCGCAGUGGUGAGGCGGUGGGUGGGAAUUGCAAUUGUGCUGAUGCGAUAUAAUGCGUCACAGCAAUGGGCAAGUAGAAGGGGCAUAGAAUGGCGGUGAUGAUGAAAGGAAGUAAGGAAUGAUGGAAUGGAAUUAUAGUCGUUUUAAGAUCACAUUGACGUCGGUUUGGGUUCGGGCUUGGGAUUGGCUUUGGUGCUAGGUAAUCUGUAAGGAAGGGAGUUUGGAACGGGUCGGACCAGUUUGGAGGUUUCCUAUCAAUCAAUGGCAAUGAAUCAAUGCAUAAUUCAGGGAUGAAAGGGUUGGAAACGGUCAAUAAGCAGAAAUACACGAGUUAUCAUAUUCACAUUGCAAGUAUGUGUUGUAUUGUUUGGGUUAUAUGGGACAGGAUCUUUAUUGUGAUUUUGAGCUUUGGAAUGUAUGAUAUGUAUAAUGUAUACGUCUCUUGUGAGAUGGAAGAUAUAGGAGAUGUAGAUGUUAUGUUUGAAAAUGGGAUACUCGAGUCUCUACUAGAGGUAAGGUAGGGAUGGUAUCAUGUCUUAUAUUUAAUGAUGU